UGUUGGCCCCGCCGAGGUCCUAGAGGAGGAGGUCGGGGGCGGGGCGGGGCCGGCCUCGGUCGUACUGCCACGGCUGGUCCUGCUGGGUGGAGGGGACUGACUUUGCGAGGACGUGGCUGCGACUGGCGCGGAUUCCUAGGAGGGGCAGUGUGAAACUUAAACCUGCUUGUAACCUGUAUGUGAAUGUCUGUUAAAAUUCUUUCUAAGUGAUGUUUCAUAGUAUUCUUAAGACAGUGGCGCUCAGAACCCUUUUGUACUCUUAAACUUUAUUGAGGAUCCAAAGAAAAAAACUGAAUUAAAGGCAGAGUCUUGCUAAGUUCACCAGCCUGUCCUUGAAUUUACAGUCCUCUCACCUCAGCCUUAAAUAAGAACCAAGCUUUACAAUGACAACAUAUUUGGAAUUCAUUCAACAAAAUGAAGAGCGUGAUGGAGUUCGAUUUAGUUGGAAUGUUUGGCCAUCAAGUCGACUGGAAGCUACAAGAAUGGUUGUUCCAGUUGCAGCCCUCUUUACACCAUUGAAGGAAAGGCCUGAUUUACCGCCCAUUCAAUAUGAACCUGUUCUGUGUAGUAGGACUACUUGCCGUGCAGUUUUGAAUCCUUUAUGUCAAGUGGAUUAUCGAGCAAAACUCUGGGCUUGCAACUUUUGUUAUCAAAGGAAUCAGUUUCCACCUACUUAUGCUGGGAUAUCUGAACUGAAUCAGCCUGCUGAACUUUUACCUCAGUUUUCUAGCAUUGAAUAUGUAGUUCUGCGUGGUCCUCAGAUGCCUUUGAUAUUCCUCUAUGUGGUUGAUACUUGCAUGGAAGAUGAAGAUUUACAAGCCUUGAAAGAAUCCAUGCAGAUGUCAUUAAGUCUCUUACCACCUACAGCUUUGGUUGGACUUAUUACUUUUGGGAGGAUGGUGCAGGUUCAUGAACUUGGUUGUGAAGGCAUUUCAAAAAGCUAUGUCUUCAGGGGCACAAAAGAUCUGUCUGCCAAACAACUGCAGGAGAUGCUGGGACUCUCUAAAGUACCAGUUACUCAAGCAACACGUGGUCCUCAGGUACAGCAGCCACCUCCUUCCAACAGAUUUUUACAGCCAGUACAGAAAAUAGACAUGAAUCUCACAGAUCUUCUGGGAGAACUGCAGCGAGAUCCUUGGCCUGUACCACAGGGAAAGAGGCCUUUGCGUUCCUCAGGAGUGGCACUUUCCAUAGCUGUAGGACUACUUGAGUGUACUUUCCCCAACACUGGUGCUCGUAUCAUGAUGUUCAUUGGUGGUCCUGCUACUCAGGGACCUGGAAUGGUUGUUGGAGACGAAUUGAAGACACCUAUAAGAUCAUGGCAUGAUAUUGAAAAAGACAAUGCCAAAUAUGUUAAAAAGGGAACCAAGCAUUUUGAAGCAUUGGCUAAUCGAGCUGCUACGACUGGUCAUGUUAUUGAUAUCUAUGCAUGUGCAUUAGAUCAGACGGGUCUUCUGGAGAUGAAAUGCUGUCCUAACCUUACUGGUGGAUACAUGGUAAUGGGUGAUUCUUUCAACACUUCCUUAUUCAAACAAACUUUUCAAAGAGUCUUUACCAAAGAUAUGCAUGGACAGUUUAAAAUGGGCUUCGGUGGUACAUUAGAAAUAAAGACUUCAAGGGAAAUAAAGAUUUCAGGAGCAAUUGGACCCUGUGUAUCUCUCAAUUCCAAAGGACCCUGUGUGUCUGAAAAUGAGAUAGGAACGGGUGGCACUUGUCAAUGGAAGAUAUGUGGACUCAGUCCCACUACAACCUUAGCUAUAUACUUUGAAGUUGUUAAUCAGCAUAAUGCUCCAAUUCCUCAAGGAGGACGGGGUGCAAUCCAGUUUGUGACCCAGUAUCAGCAUUCAAGUGGGCAGAGACGCAUCCGAGUGACCACCAUCGCUAGGAACUGGGCAGAUGCUCAAACUCAAAUUCAGAACAUUGCUGCAUCUUUUGACCAGGAGGCAGCUGCCAUUCUUAUGGCCCGGCUAGCAAUAUAUAGAGCAGAAACAGAGGAAGGGCCAGAUGUGCUCAGAUGGCUGGACAGACAGCUCAUUCGUCUGUGUCAGAAAUUUGGAGAGUAUCACAAAGAUGAUCCAAGUUCUUUCAGAUUUUCAGAAACUUUCUCUCUUUAUCCACAGUUUAUGUUUCAUUUAAGAAGAUCUCCUUUCUUGCAAGUUUUUAACAAUAGUCCUGAUGAAAGUUCGUAUUAUCGUCAUCAUUUUAUGCGUCAAGAUCUGACCCAGUCUCUAAUCAUGAUUCAGCCUAUUCUGUACGCGUAUUCUUUUAGUGGACCACCAGAGCCGGUUCUUCUUGAUAGCAGCAGCAUUCUUGCAGAUCGUAUUCUUCUCAUGGACACAUUCUUCCAGAUUUUGAUUUAUCAUGGUGAGACCAUAGCACAGUGGCGGAAGUCAGGAUACCAGGACAUGCCAGAAUACGAAAAUUUCCGUCAUCUUCUGCAAGCCCCGGUAGAUGAUGCACAGGAGAUCCUUCACUCUAGAUUUCCAAUGCCAAGAUAUAUUGACACUGAACAUGGGGGCAGCCAGGCUCGUUUCCUGCUUUCAAAAGUCAACCCUUCACAGACUCAUAAUAAUAUGUAUGCCUGGGGGCAGGAGUCUGGAGCACCUAUCCUCACAGAUGAUGUUAGUUUACAAGUGUUUAUGGAUCACUUGAAGAAACUUGCUGUGUCAAGUGCUGCUUGACAUGCUAAACAUGUUAAAGACACUUAAAAAGAUGAAAUAUUUCAGUUUCAUUUUUUUCCCUUUUUUCAGUUUGUCUGUGGAAACCAACAAAUCUCUAGACUUUUUUUUGUAUCAGUAUGGUUUGAGAAAACAUAAAAAUGUUCACGUUUGUAGAUAAAGCUGGAAUAUAAUGAGAGCAUUGAGAACAAAUUUGUUUUGCUUGCCACAGUAUUAUAACUGGUUUCAGAAUUUCAAAGUCUUUAUAACUUAAUUAUGUUUAAGAGUAAAAAUAGUCUGCCUUGUACAACAGAUAUAACUUAUUUGUAUAUUGCAGACAAAUACAAAGUGGCUCUGAAUGUCCUCGCUGACCUUUUAAAAACUUAUUUAAUUUUAGCCAGAAAGGAACAAAUGAUAAAUGUGAACAUUUUUGCUUAUUUCUUGAAUUUUUUGUUUUUGUUUUGGUGAUUUUCAGCACUUACAUGUACAAUUUUUCCUGUACUUACCCUGUUAAGGUGGGUUUAUUUUAUGAUUUGCUUAGAAAUGAUCUGACUUUAUAAUGGUAAUUUUCAUGAAGAUAAUUUAAUGUUUUUGAUUAUUUGGAAAAAUUAUUUAGAGAUGAAAAAUUUUGGUGGGGGUAACAUUCCCACAACUGACAAUAAAUGUGAAAUUCCCACAAAGUACCUAACUUAUGUGACUAACCACAAUAACUUCUUUUUGAAAAGAAGACAGAAAAUAAAGCAUUUGGUUAGAGUGCAUAAAGAAAGCCUUUGCAGUAAAAUGACUGUUAUAACUACUAAACCAAAUUUGGUUUUCACAAUAUCAUUUUGUUGUUUCCCCUUCUUUUUCUGUGGUAAAUUUUACAUUAUAUCCUUCAGUAUUUAACACUAUUUUGAGAGUUUACACUUAUUUCUGCUUCCUUUGUGUGAACUUUAUUAAGUUGUGGUUCUUAUUGAAACAGUAUUAUAUAAUGUUUAAUUAUGUCAUGUGAUGGUAGUUCUGUUUUGAUUUAUUCAUUAGUAACAUUCGCUUUUACCUUUUAAAGUUUACUUAUAGUAUGUUUACAUUGCUAAAGCCGGAUAUGUUUCGACAAUGAAAUUUACAUAUCAAGUACUGCAAAUGAAAGGUGGUGCUCUGAUAUAUGCUUAGAAAGACAGUUUUGAUGAUUGUUACUUGCAUGAACACAAUCAUAUGAUGGUAAAACAGAAACUUAUAAUUGUUAUAUUCACUUUGCUUAUGUAAGUUCCAUUUUAUUUGAAUUGAACUAUGCUAGACCAAAAUGCCAAUAAAAUACACUUUUCUCUGUGUUUCUCGUUAUCUUGAAAUCUAGUAAAGCCUAAGAAGCCUAAUGUAACAUUAGAGUACUUGAAGCAUUUUCGAUUCACACAUAGUAAUUGUAUGUAUUUAUGGGGUAUGGUGUGAUAAUUUGAUACAUGAGUACAAUAUAUAAUAAUCAAAUUAAGGUAAUUAGCAUUUUUAUUAUUUGUGUUGGGACACUUUGAACUCCUCUCUUUUAGUUCUUAAUAAAAUAUGUAGUAAAUGGUUGUAAACUAUAGUUACCCAUCUGUGCUGUGGAACACUAGAACGUAUUCCUCUUACUUAACUGCAUUUUGAUGACUAUUAUCCAACCUCCCUCCAUCCCCUCUUCCUAGCCUUUAGUGACUACUGUUCUACUCAACUUCCAUGAAAUCAGCUCUUUUAAGUUUCCAUGUGAUUGAUAAUGUGUGGUAUUCGUACAUCUUGCCUGAUUUAUUUUGCUUAAAAUAAUGUCCUCCAAUUCUGUUCAUGUUUCUAUAAAUGACAGGACUUCAUUCUUUUUUAUGACUCAAUAAUAUUUCACCACACACACAAAAAAACCCAAAAUUAGAACAUUUAAAAUCUGCUUAGUGGAGUAAAAUAAUACUCAUUUAAAAAAUAACUUUGUU